UUGAGGUUCUGGCAUCACUCGCCGACGUAGACCUGCAACGGUAUAUAAAGGGAUGGCAGCCACCAGAACAGGACAAGCAUCUUCACCAAGAGGAACUUCACCCAAGUAACAUUUCUAAAUAUCGACUGUGCGACCUUAGUCCGUUAAGAAAGAUGACCGGAGCAGCUGUUUCAGUGUCCCUGCUUUUCCUGCUGUCGGCGUGCUCUGCAUGCUACAUCUCCAACUGCCCCAUCGGAGGGAAGAGAUCCCUGAUGGACGCCCCGCAACGCAAGUGCAUGCCCUGUGGCCCCGGGGACAGGGGCCGCUGCUUCGGCCCCAGCAUCUGUUGCGGUGAGGGCCUGGGCUGCCUCCUGGGCUCCCCGGAGACGCUCCACUGUGCGGAGGAGAACUACCUGCUGACCCCCUGCCAGGCGGGAGGGAAACCCUGCGGCUCCGAGGGCGGACACUGCGCCGCCUCUGGCCUCUGCUGCGAUGCAGAGAGCUGCACAACUGACCAAUCCUGUGUCACCGAAGAGGAUGGCUACGAUCCAACCGGACUAUUGGAGAGCAGCGACUCCAAUCAAAUCUUCCUCAGGCUCAUGCAUUUGGCCGGCCACGCCCUACCCCAUCGAAUCCACCAAUGAGCUCCCUCUGACGCUGCAUGGUAUCAGGGCCCUGUUACCUGGCUAUGUCACUGAGUGGAAACCUGUGUAUGUAUGUCCAGAGUGCAUUUGUUUAUAUAUUUCUAUGUAUAGAAGUAGUGAUUAAAGAAAUUACUGAAAAUUACCUGCAUUGUCCUGGUAAUAUGUCUGGUCGAAUAAACUAAGAGAGAGUAUGAA